GAUUCAUUAGCAGCUCCCUGCUUGCCUUGCACGUGGUGACUGGUGAGUUCAUUCACUUUGCCAAGUCAUCACGUCAGCAGCAGACCAAGACCAACAGAGACAUGGGUGGAGGCAGCCGCAUGCAGACCGUGCUGUUGGCCCCGGGCGUUAAGGACAAGAAGCUGCUCUCCUACACCCGCCGCAACGCGCUCAAGGAAAAGGACGCCGUCACCGACCUCAUCCGCUCCAUCAUCGCCACGUCCAGCCCCGUCCAGCGGACCGCCUUCCACGUCUUCCGCAUUGACAACGUCCUCGAGCUCUACUCGGCCUGGCGCCGCGGCCUCCCCGACGUGCGCCCCUACUACGCCGUCAAGUGCAACCCGGAGCCGGCGCUCCUCGGCGCCCUCGCGGAGCUCGGCGCCGGGUUCGACUGCGCCAGCCGCGCCGAGAUCGAGGCCGUGCUCGCGCUCGGCGUCCCGCCCAGCAGCAUCAUCUACGCCAACCCCUGCAAGUCCGAGCCGCACCUAGAGUACGCCGCCGCGGCCGGCGUCAACCUCACCACCUACGACACCGAGGAGGAGGUCGCCAAGGUCAAGCGCUGCCACCCGAGGUGCGAGCUCCUGCUCCGCCUCAAGGGCCCCGACGGCAGCGAGACCACGUGCGACCUAGGCACCAAGUACGGCGCGCGCGCCGACGAGGUGGUGCCGCUCCUGCGCGCCGUCCAGCGCGCGGGGGUCACCGUGGCCGGCGUCUCCUUCCACGUCGGGAGCCCCGUGGCCCGCGUCGGCGUGUACCGCGCCGCCAUCGAGGCCGCCCGCGCCGCGUUCGACGAGGCCGCCGCCCUCGGCAUGCCCCCCAUGCGCGUCCUCGACAUCGGCGGCGGGUUCACGGCCGGCGCCAGCUUCGACGACGCCGCGGCCGUCAUCAACGACGCCCUCGCGCGCUCCUUCGGCGACCUGCCGUGCGUCGAGGUCAUCGGCGAGCCGGGCCGCUACUUCUGCGAGACCGCGUUCACCCUCGCCGCGCGCGUCAUCGGCAAGCGCACGCGCGGCGAGGUGCGCGAGUACUGGAUCGACGACGGCCUCUACGGCUCGCUCAACAACAUACUCAUGGACCACAAGGUCCCGCGCCCGAGGCCGCUGGCCACCCCGCGCCCCGGCGACAGGACGCACACGUCCACGGUUUUCGGCCCGACGUGCGACUCCCAGGACGAGGUGGUCACCGGCUACCAGCUGCCCGAGAUGAGCGUCGGCGACUGGCUCGUCUUCGACAACAUGGGCGCCUACUCCACAGGUUCCGGCUCCAAGUUCAACGGCUUCGACACGUCGGAGAUUAAGAUCUACGUCGCCUACUCCAGCUGAGCUAGCAAUGCAUAUAUCGACGGCGCCCGCCAUCAUAUGCAUGCAUUAUUACACGUCUAUAUACAUAUAGCCCCUCGUUAAAAAAACAUAACUACGUACCGACGAGUAGUACACCGUCGAUCGGUAAAGAUGUCUUACAAAUAAUGAGUCGGUAAAUCCACGUUUACCAGUUAUUACCUGUCAGUUGAUGGUAAAUCCACGUUUACCCUACUUCUACCUUCCAAAUUUCUGUCAAUAUAUUCGAGCAUUGUUUUUCCUUAAUUCAGGUUUACUUGUGUCAUGUGAUUUUAUAUUUAUACAUGUACGUAUGUAUCAGAUAAAAGGGGUGAUCCACAUUACAUGGAAAUCCGUAUUUGAAUUUCAGAUUAAUUAAAUAAAUGAAUUGGUUACACUGUUCCAAAG